AUGGAGCGGUAUUGUGGUGCGUUGCAGCCAGCGAUACGAAGCCGUCGACAUCCAUAUGCCUGCCUGAAUCGCUACGUGCUUGACAAAGCCCGCCUCACUCAGAUCAAGCUCAUCUACGGGAUCAAGACUGAGCUUUCAUUUGCGGUCCCAUACAUCGAGACAGGAACGAGUAUACCUGGAUAUCCCACCUGUGUCGUUCUCCCCACACGCCGCAUCACAUCGCUGGACCAGGGAUUACUCAAGCAGCUCCUUGCCACCCUUUGCACUAGAUUCUCUGCCCCGGCUUCUACAAUCCGAAAGGUGCUGUCCCCGCAAGUCGAAGAAUGGAGUAAACUACGUAUCCUCAAUGAUGGAGACACCAUACGGGCAGCCGAGUCAGAUUGCAGGGCGGAGGACGAACGAGAUGCCUCAUUUGUACGAUAUGAGUUGUUGGUAGACAAGAACGCAAGGUACCAUAACCGUCCCGUCGUGCUCGAGAAGACGACAUUCUACGGACAAGUCCGGCGACUUUUCAUCUGCAAGCUCAAUCGCGCUCCCUCCAUCGGCUUGCAGCAGCCUUCCACAAGUGUCUUAUUGGCGGCCAUUCGCACUUGUGAUAUUGAGGAGACAGACAAUGUUCUGGAUAUUCACUACUACUCGAAGAUGGGUCGCCUCGACAUUGUUGACAUCACCACUAUCCAAUGCGUGGUAGGGCGCGUUCACGACAGGCAGCGGUGGGCCGUGAUAGAUCGCAGCGGUACCCUUUCGCGUGCGAUCUACAUUGAUGAUACAGUGUCGGGUUAA